AUGGAUGACGACUUUGGAGACGUUUCCUUUGAUGUUAUCGGCGGCGCAAACGGACACCAGAACGGUCAAGAAACGCUUCCUAAUAACUCUGCUAUCCUAGGUAGCAAUUCCGCGUGGAGCUAUGAGUCACAACCCGGUCAUGGACCGUCGUCCAUAACUGGCCAACUGCACACAGAGUUCUUGCCUGAUACGGACUUCUCCAGUUUUCAACACGGAGCUACCACGGGACGCACUGCCCUACAUCCACCAAAGGACGGCCAUAUGAGCUCAACACUUGACGAGGCCGCAGCCUCACACCCCCUCGCGAGUGGAGAGAUACAAGGCGAUCAGGUGCAACCGUCGGGGGGAGGUAACCGCCCAAUGCCAGGAGAAAUUGUUAGCCAGGAGCAUCUACCGGCACUUGACUUUGUCACGACGCCACCGGACAGGUUUCAGUCCCCGCUGCCGUCCUCAGGACGUGCACCGUAUCCAGCCCUCAACCCGCUCUUACCCUACAUCCGCUCAUUCUUGAGCAUUUCUCAAGCAAGGAGUCUUCUGGAGCUUUACUUCACAAGCGCUUUCAACAGUAACUACCUGCAUCCGCUUCUAAGACCCCUGGUCCACUUUGACGUCGGCAGUCCAGAGGCAAGGCGUGAUAGUGACGAAAGUCAGAGUGAGAUGGCAACGUAUGCUUUCGGCCGUAACAAGCCCUCCAAAGCACAUACAGAAGCCUUCCUCAAUGCACCUCCUUUCGCCGAAACCGAGGGAUCACUGGAUGAUGUCGCUACCUAUAUCCAUGUGGCUUCGAUAACCUCCGCUUCGGAGCACAAGGCCGCUUCAAUGAGGUGGUGGCACGCUGCUUUCACUUUAGCUCGGGAGUUGAAGUUCAAUAAGGAAGCACCAGGUGAUUCGAAAGUGGAGCCAUCUUGUCCGGUGCAUGGUGGAGAAACCCGAGGCCAGACCAGAGACGCUGAUCCGUGGGCCAUCCUCGAACCAUACACCUUUGAUAAAGGAUUCGAUGAGGGACUACUGGACUUCAUGGAGAGGAACUCCAGUACAGACGAGUGCACUUGCUCGGACAAAUCCACCGCUUCUCUAAGCGAGGAGCGCCGAGAAGAAAGAAGAAGGGUCUGGUGGCUAUUGUACAUUACGGAUCGCCACUUGGCGCUCUGCUACAACCGGCCCUUGGCAUUACUUGAUGCUGAGUGCGAAGAACUGAUGCUCCCCCUGGACGAAGCUUCUUGGCAAUCAGAAACCUUUCUCUGGGGCCAACAAUCCAGGCCAAGGCCUGUCUUCCCUAAUUUUGAGUGUACAGGCCACAACGUUUUUGGCUUUUUCCUUCCGCUUAUGACCAUAACUGGAGAGAUCAUCGAUCUCAAUCACGCUAGAGGUCAUCCACUGCUUGGCCUAAUCCGACGUAACGCCGAUGAGCAAGCUGGCUUUGAGUCGGAAAUUCUACGUCAAUUAGCUGCCUACGAAAGUAGUCUUCACACGUUUCAAGCAGUCUACGCGAAAGAAGACGCUGGAGUGGAUCAGAGUGCUAACCAGAAUGUUCUUCAUACGAAAACAGUGGUGGCAUACGCAACGCAUAUAACACACGUUCUUCACAUCCUAUUGUCAGGCAAGAUGGACCCAAUGAGCCUUUUCCAGGACGAAGAUUUCUGGACCACCACCCCAUCCUUCAUUUCAACGAUGCAGCAUGCUGUUUCGGCCGCUGAUGCAGUGGCGCAAAUCCUGGACUUGGAUCCGGAAAUUAGUUUCAUACCCUACUUCUUUGGAAUCCAGCUUCUGCAAGGGAGCUUUGUGCUACUUCUUGCAAUCGACAAGCUGAAGACCAAAACAGAUCCGAGCAUUAUCAAUGCUUGCGAGGUCAUCAUUAGGGCAACAGAAGCAUGUGUUGCUACGCUCGACACCGAGUAUCAGCGAAAUUAUCGCCAGAUACUGCGCUCUGCUGUGGUCCAGGCCCGUGGACGCUAUGUCCCAAAGAAGGAGGCUGAAUUUCGGCGACGGGCUGUGCUGACGCUGUAUCGAUGGACACGAAAUGGGACUGGUCUCGCAGUGUAG